GCAUCGUCCCACUGAACUAAAAAUAAAAGUAAGCAAAGUGCCUUUUCAAGCUACUAUUGACGAACUUAGAGAGCACUUUUCUGCUCAUGGAAGAGUCUUUGAAGUAAGAAUUGAUACAAGAGAUUUGGAGUCAACUCCCACUGGCGUGGUCUUUGUUACUUACAAAAUCGGUAGCUUGGAUGCACAAAGUUAUGUUCCAUGGAAGGCCUUUGAGAUUAGAAAUAUUGACACGCUUCCUGCGGAGUCACUCGAAAUAGGCGUGUUCUCACAGCCGAACACUUUUGUUCCGGAGUGGAAAACGAACGACCAAGUGUCCUUUUCGCUUGAUUAUAAAAGAAGGACGAUACUCGUCGAGUUCGGAUUCCAAAAACGCCAUUACAAAGUGGAGAAUCCAUUCAAAUAUGUCGACGGCGAGUUCUACAUCGAAUUAGAUGUGGAACAUGAUUCCCGGGCGCGAGUCACUUUCGCCACGAAGUUUCCCGGAAAAUACUGGAGCCUGGACGAGGCGUCGAAGCCACAAGACAAGUUUUACUGGUCUUAUAACGAGAUGUGGAAGAGGCGAAUAGAUUUAUUGGAUAGAAUUCCGCACGAGAAUCUGAGAACGCGGGCGCUUGAACCGACGUUUACUGAUGGUGUUGAGCAUUUUGGCAAAUGGACCGUAUACAGAGUCACAUUCUUGCUUGACGGAAGGUUAUCAAGAUUCAAAGAUGUGAUGAACCAUGCUGGCGAGUAUAAUCUGGCCGAAAAACCUAUAGAUUUCGGCAAAAAACCACUCAAUAUUGGGCAAAUUGGUACAAAGUAUGUCGAACGCAGGGCUUUGGAUUUCGACGUUUUAUACAUGGUGGAAUGUUGCGUUACCCAUAAUUAUCUGCAUGAUUACAAUCUGGAUCAAGAAUUUUUCAAGAUUUUGAAAUCUUUGCCAAAAGAGUUAGCUGUCGAAAUCAUGAAGACAUUCGUAAGCCAUAAAACUCGCAAUUAUAAUCCAUUGUCUGAUCUCAUGAAGAUGGUCAACCACGUAAUUCCAGACAAUGUGACUCCUCCUGAAUAUUGCGUAUUAAUGAGGAAAGUGGUCAUCACACCCACAGCAAUGUAUAUCUUGCUGCCAACCAUGGAAACCUCCAAUCGCAUUAUACGCCUUUUCAAGAGUCACAAAGAUCGCUUUCUUCGUGUUCAGUUCACUGAUGAAGGAUCCAGCCCAAUAAGUUCAACUAUUGGUCAAAGUAACGACGCGAUAUAUAAUCGUAUCUUUCGCACUUUGCAAUAUGGAAUUAAAAUAGGAGAUCGCCAUUACGAGUUUUUGGCUUUUUCCUCCAGUCAACUGAGAGAACAUAGUUGUUGGUUCUUUGCAUCAUCAGACACUUUAACAGCCGAUCAUAUUAGAGAGCGAAUGGGCGAUUUUAGUGAUAUUAAAGUUGUGGCGAAAUAUGCAGCACGCAUGGGGCAAUGCUUUUCAAGCACCCGCGCUAUUGCUCAUUUACCGGUCAAUGAUAUUAAACUUAUUCCAGAUGUCUGCCGAAAUGGUUUUACAUUUUCAGAUGGUGUCGGGAAGAUUUCGCCCAAUUUAUCGAGACAGAUUGCCGAAAAGAUGAAACUUCGUUCUACUCCUUCAGCCGUUCAAUUUAGAUUGGGAGGCUAUAAAGGCGUGUUGUGUGUGUCUCGAUAUUUAAGAGAAAAUCAGAUUCAAGUAAGGCCCAGUCAGUUAAAAUUCGAUUCGCCUCAUUGUGAGCUAGAAAUUAUCAAAGGAUCAACCUUUAUUCCAGCUUACCUCAAUCGACAAGCAAUUACACUGCUUUCAGCACUGGGAGUUCCCGAUGAAAUAUUCACCCAAAUGAAAGACGAACAAGUGAGAGAGCUUGAAAAAAUGUUGUUGAACGAUCACACCGCCAUGAAGGUUUUGCUUCAUAAUAUCGAUGAGCACGGAAUCUCACGCAUCAUGGCCGAUCUCGUAAAAGCCGGGUUUCUACAUCAACGAGAUCCGUAUCUCUCGAAUUUGAUGGCAUUAUUCCGCAUUAUGAUGCUGAAAAAUUUAAAGGAUAAAGCAAAGAUUUCCGUACAUAAAGGUGCCUUCUUAUUGGGUGUGUUAGACGAGACGGAAUCUCUCAAAGAGGAUCAAAUAUACAUCUGCAGAUCGGAUGUUAACAAUCCGAAACAUAAAGAGGUAAUCGAGGGACCUUGUAUUGUCUAUCGAAAUCCUUGCUUCCAUCCGGGUGAUAUACGUAUGGUAACGGCAGUCAACUGUCCAAAGUUGGAUUAUUUGGUGGAUGUGCUUGUUUUCUCGUCGCUUGGUUACCGCGAUAUUCCUAAUCAAUGUAGUGGAGGUGAUUUAGAUGGAGAUGAUUAUACGAUAAUCUGGGAUGAAAGACUAUUCCCAAAAAUAAAAAACUAUACACCAAUGGAGUAUCAUGCGCCAGUACCCGUCCAAGUUGACCAAGUAAAGGUCGAACAUAUACGAAAAUUCUUCGUCAAUUAUAUUCUCAAUGAUAAUCUUGGACAGAUUGCCAACGCUCACUUAGCCAAAGCAGACUUGUACGAAAAUGGAGCAUUCCAUGGAAGUUGUUUACGCCUUGCCCAACUACAUUCUGAAGCUGUAGAUUUCCCGAAAACAGGACGGCCUGCAGAGUUCCCUAGUGAACUUCGCGCAAAAAUGGUACCAGAUUUCAUGGACAACGGGCACAAACCGACCUAUAUCUCUAAAAAGAUUCUCGGUAAAUUAUAUCGAUCGAUACAAGUGAACGAUUUCAAUCCGUCCACUGAUAUUGUAUUUGAUCAGAGACUUUAUGUGGAAGGAUAUGAGAAGUUUCUGGAUGAUGCUCGUGCUCAAAAAAGGAGAUAUGAUUCUUAUGUUCGGGGUCUUAUGAAUCAAUAUGGGAUUGCUUCGGAAUAUGAAGUGGUUACCGGAUUCAUUGUUAACCCCAUCACCAAAAUUGAAAAGAAAAAACCAAGAGAAAUAUCCAAAUCAAUUAUGGAUGCAAUGACGGGCAUUAGACAUCAAUUCCGUGAUAUAUUCAAUAGACAGUUUAUCCCCGAAGGCUCAAACCAGGUUUCUUUUGAAGAGAAAAAUUCAAUGGAAGCAAAGGCCUACGCUUGGUACUACGUCACUUAUUACGCGGGUGAACUGGGAGAUAAGCCGGCAGAAUAUAUGCUUUCAUUCCCGUGGUGUAUGCAUGAACUGCUUUGUGGAAUAGCAAUCAAAAAUUCGAGUCGUUUGAAAUCCAUCGAGGAACUUAAUACUCCUAGAAUGCACUCGACUGCACAACCACCAAAAAAUCCAGUGCCUAAAAAAAUCAUCGAGCAUGAUGUGCGUCUAAAUGACGAUGACGGUGGAAUGGAAAAACUUCGUCAGUCUAUUCGUCUUGGAUAA